AUGGCCUACCAACCGAGUGGGCAGGAUAAGAGCGCCCGACUGAGUCUCAACCUCCCGGAUGAAGGCACCAACUUUGAUGAGCUCGCUGCUAGGCUCCAUAUCCGUGGGUCAGCAUGGAACAGGGAACAUAUUACGGCUCUCAGGGUCGUGCCGCUGGACGAGUGUCCCCUAUCGAAGAUAUACCCAGUUGGAUACCUACCCCGGCCGAACGAUCCAGCAUUCCGCGAACUCAAAAGAUCCCUCCUCGCUCCAAGCCUCGAGCAGCUGCGGCAGUGGUCUUCAAACCGCCGGCUGUUCGAGUCGAAUACCUUUUCCACGUUCUUUAGCGCUUUGUCCAGCACUAUGAUGACUGCGCAUCUCACCAUCCCAGGUAGCACCCGUGCGCCGAGUGCCGCGGCAUCACAAUCGCCGUCUUCGGACGAAGACGGUCCAGAAUCCGACCCCCGGACCGUAAUCCAGUCUUUUCUCAAACGGAUCGAAAUAAGGCUCAGUCCACGUCCAACGCUCGGAGCGCGCUACACCAUCGGAGUCGUCAAUAGAGACAUGCCUCUGAAAUUAGAGCUCGGCCCUCCUGGGUUCGACCGGAUUUCCGCAAAUUCUGAUGGCGGAAUAGCUCUAUUCGGCAGAGGAGGGCGUACCUCUUCAGACCGGCCAUCCGAUGUGCCGUUGGUGGCUGUACAAGCCAAACGCCGACACGCUGGAGGAUUGCACCGAGGUACUGGGCAGCCGGAGCGCUUCAAUUAUAAGACCCUGGGCCAAGAAGUGGCUGAGCUAUUGGGUAUUGCCUGCGGGCAGGAUCGACUGUUGAACCGGCGUGAGGACCAAGAGGUGUUCCUCAUUUCGAUACACGGGACACAAGUCCGACUUGUUGCCGCGUACUUCACAGCAGAUUAUCUGCAUGCGGUGAAGCCGAACUUCCUUCCCGCAGAGCAAUAUCUCUGGGUUCGCAGAACCAGGGCUAUGGAGCUCAAAAGUCGACAGGGACGCGAAGAGGCCCUUAGAAAUAUAAUGGGCCUUGUCUACUAUCUGUACAGCGGCGAGGCGAAGAUGAACCAGAUUCGUCUUACCAAAAGUCAACUCCAAGCCACUUACGAGAAACCCCGACCCUGA